CUUUUUUUUUGCUUCAACUACUCCGCAGCUCACGCGCAUCACCAUCAAUUUCCUCUCAAUUACCACUUUCUCUACCCAAUUUUCUUUUUAAUUUUCCUUUUUUCUCUUUUUUGUUUUUACAAAGAAACAAACACCAAAUCAAUGUUCUAUAAAUACAUACCAAUGUAAAAAUCCCAACUCGAGAAAAUCCACUCUCUCUCAUCUGGGAAAAUUUUAAAACAAGAAAAAAAAAAAAAAAAAACUACCACCACCCUUUUCCCAGUUCUCCAAUUUAAACUCAGACCCAUAAAAGAACCAUGCCGCUUCCAUGGAAGAAAUCUAAGGUGACCCGAAUUUCCCGUAUCGUUGCGGAUCUCCAGUCGCCGAAACGCGGUGGUUCUCUUGUGGUCGAGACUGGCUUCCCAACCUCUCUUAUAGACCUUUUUGUUAAGAAUCGUGAUCGUUUAAAGAAGCACUCUAAUUCUAAGAAGAAGAAAAAGAAGGAUAAUAAGAAGGUUGUUGUUGUUUCUAAUGUUAAUGAUUCGAACAGGGUCGAAACAGAUUUGCCGGCGAAUUUUGAUCCGAUCAAGGAGAAUUCGGAUUCUUGUUCGGAGAAAAGCUCUGUUCGAGGCGAACCCAUUUGUGAGGAGGUGAAGAUUUCGGCGUCGGAGGAAUUGGAGGAAGUGGAAUCAAUUGAGGAGGCUUUCGUAGAACCGGAAUCCGAAUCGAUAAUUCGAGAUGAGAGCCGGGUCGAGGAAGAGUUUGUCUGCGGUGGAACUCUACUCAUGGCGGUUUUGAAGGUUUUCUUAGUGGUGGUUUUGGCUUUGAGUACCAAGAAAUUGGUGGUUGGGGUCACAUUGUCUGCUUUUCUUCUCUUGUUUCUCGAAUAUGUUGGGAAAAGCUCUGUUCGGUUCUUGAAACCUUGUUCGAAAAUGAAGGUAAGAUUAAGAUCUAUGGUGAAUUGGGUUGCGAGCUUUAUUUGGUCAGAAAAGGAUUGUUUGGUAUUAAAUGUAAAAAAUCAAGGAGAGAGCUAUGCUGUUGUGGCUGAAUUGCUUGAUAGGAUUGACUCAAAAUCUUCAAAUGAUGAUGAGAUUGAGGUUUCUGAGGUUAAGAAUGAUCUUAUGAUGAAAGAGAAUGAGUUCUUAGUCGAUGGUCCUGAGCUUGAGCUACUUAGCCGUGAUAAGAAAUGGGGUUUUCUGAACAAUACAAGUGUGAAGAAAGAGAAUUCUGCCAUGGAAGAUGGUGAAACUGUUUUCCCAAGUGGGGUGAUGACUCUUGAAAAGAAUAAGAGUAGCAAGAGAUCAAAGAUUAAGGCAAAGAUUAUCAAAAACUUAGUGCCUAAGAAGUUGCGUAGUUCAAAAUAUAGUAAGAGUAAAUCUAAGGAUGAUAUUGUUAACAUGUUGGAGACAUGUAGUGAAGGGUCUAGUUAUCAUGAGGUUGAAGAACAAGAAGAGCAAAGAUGUGAAAGCAUUAAGGGAAGCUUUCGUAAUGAUGGGGUUUCUUCUUUGGAUGGAAUGGAAUCAGCCUUGGUUAGUGAAGGAGAAGAUAAAGAAGAAGAAAAAAAUGAAGAGGUUGAAGGGAGUUGGGUUUAUUUGAGUCUGGUUGUUGUUGUUCUGGCUGGUCUUUUUGGGGGUCGGAUUGUUGCUCUUCUGAUAACAAUUUCUUGGUGUUUCAUGUUAAAAAUCAUUGUAACAAGAUGGAGAUCCAUUAAUAUGAGAUUGGCCAGCUCCACUUUCUCAAUCUCAAGCCAAUGAUUUGGUGAGAAACUUUGGAUUAAGCACAUCAGAAAAAGCUUCAAUCUUUUUUUUUCCAUUACUUGAUAGUUAAUGGUGGUUCUUCAAUUGAAGUGUUCUUCAACUCUUACUACUCUUACUGUAUCUAUAAAGUUAAGGCAGAAAAGUCCAACCUUUGGUUGGCAAGCAACUUGAGGUGUUUGUACUCAAAACUGUAAAAAUACAGGAAAAUUAGAGAUACAAAUCAAAGUAUAUAAUAAUUUUAAUUUGUUUUAA